UUUUGUCUGUUUUACAGAAAGUGUUUCAGACAAUGCCUUCUUGUUUUAAUUAUUGCAUAUUUAAAGGCAUUAAAAGAUUAAAAGAAGGCAUUAUUUAUUUAAACACUUUGUAAAGUGACUCUGGGAAAAAACAGUUACAAAUAGAAUACUGUACAGUAUGUUCCCAUUUCUUUCUCAAAUUGCUUGUUCCAGUCUAUUAAACUCCAUUCCAACUUUUAUAUCACCCUGAGAAUUAGUUCAAGUCACAUGGUGAGGAUCCAGCUCCUUAUUUUCCAAAAUCUUCACUGGAUCCUCUUUAAGCCACUGUUUGGUGUAGAGAGCAGAAAGGACUUCGGAGUUCUGCCCAAAGUCUAUUUUUUCCUUAGCGGUCAGUUGACACAGCAAGCCUUGAUUCUGAAGAAGUUUGGAGCUGAAAGAUACUCUCAAGAACUGGCUGCUAUGGUCCACCUCAGUGUCACUCCUGAAGUCUCCCUCGCUGACUUGCCAGUGAAGAUUUAUGCCUCUGGCCUGGCGCCCUCCCAGCUUGUGACCUUACAUGCAUCAUUGACAGAUGAAAAGGGAAUGAAGUUUGUAGCCAGAGCCUUUUACCAAGCCAAUCAGAAUGGAGAAGUGGAUGUGGCACAGGCUUCUGCUCUGGGAGGUAACUAUACAGGUGUGUGGCCCAUGGGCCUCUUUUACACUCUAAAGGCUGAGAAGAUGUUCCACAGGCUGCUCAAACGUGAUGUGACAGGCAGCCCCUUCUAUGUUCAGAUUAGCCUCUUUGAUUCUACUGUGAUUGUGCCCUUGCCAAUGCAUGAACCACUGGCUACUUGCACUGUGGAACGAUGGUAUGCAGCCCCUGGAGUGGAACGCAUCUCCAUUAAGUGCGGCCGGGUCCGGGGAGCCCUCUUCUUGCCUCCAGGCCCUGGGCCAUUUCCAGGACUGAUUGACCUGUUCGGUGGAGCUGGAGGACUAAUAGAAUUUCGAGCUGGUUUAUUGGCUAGUAAAGGCUUUGCAGUUCUGGCUUUGGCUUUCUUUGCAUAUGAUGAUUUACCACAGACUUUGGAAGUAAUAGAUCUGGAGUAUUUUGAAGAAGCAUCCAGACUACUCUUGAAAAAUCCUAAGGUAAAAGGCCCCAAAAUUGGAGUUAUUGGCUUGUCCAAAGGAGCUGAAGUUGCAUUAGCCAUGGGAACUUUUUUAGAGGAAAUAGCAGCUGCAGUUUGCAUCAAUGGUGCCACAAGUAUGAAUGGUGCACCCCUCCAUUUUCGCGAUAUCAACAUCCCUGCUGUUCCCUACUCGGCAGAGGCAAUUCUUAUCAAUGAAAUGGAAUUGAUGUCCAGUUUCAGUGUCAUGGGAGAUCCUCUGGAUUCAGUUCAUGAAGUCUCUGCCAUUCCCGUGGAAAAAGCCCAGGGUCACAUUCUCCUUGUGGUAGGAGAAGCUGACCAAAGCUUGAACAGCAGGAAAUUUGCUGAAGUGUCUUUGGGCCGUGCAAAGAAGUUUGGGAGAACUAACUGUAGCUUAUUACCCUACCCUGGGGCUGGACAUAUGAUAGAACCACCGGGAUCCCCAAUUUGUUUUAUCUCUUCUAUCCGGGGUAGUCCUAUACCCACAAUAUGGGGAGGGGAGAUGAAGCCUCAUGCCAAAGCUGAGGAACAUUCCUGGAAGGAGAUCCUCAAAUUUUUUGAGCUCCAUCUUGGCCCGGCUAGAAAGUUAUGAUAUCAGAAAAAAGUGCAGGUUUCAUAGGUUCUUUGGGUGCACAAAUAUUAUCAGAAAAGCCUACUCAGAAGAUAGAAAUUAGGUUCUCAUAAUGCAGGUGUCAUAAAGAUAACGAGAGAGUAAGAAUCAUGUGCCAUGGCAAGACUCUGGAAAUGGAAAAAGAUUGUCUUGGCUUGUUUGGUCUAUUGUGAAUUUCAGAGUAUUUCUAUAAAUUUUUAUUUCAAAUAAAAUGAUGAGUUAAUUAUAAUUAUGUUGGCUUUGAAAUGAAUCCUUUGACCUCUUGUUUGUACAAAAAUCAUAAAUUCUCAAUGUGUUGCAUCUAUUGUAGUAAAUAGCUUGUUUCAUAAGCAGCUAUCACCUGCAGGAUUCCUAAUUAAUCUCAGGGUAGGACAUACAUAAACCAUGCUUGGUUCUAUUGGGAUACUGAUUUACAUGCAUUAUAAAGUUAUUCAAUCACUUAUUUUCCUUUUUACCUUCUUACUAUUUUAGUAUGAUUUACAUUUACAAAAAGAUUACAUUUUUAAGUCCAGUUCUGUCUGCAAAAGAAACUGAAAGCUGUUAACUCUGAUGAUUAACAUAAAUUAAAUCUUCACAUAGCAAAUUUGUAUCAAUGUUAAAUAUAUUUCUAAUAUAUAACAAGUAUGGAUUGCUUAUACAGUUGAUGCAAAAUAUGACAAUGAUAAGUUGCAAAUGUAUUGCAUAGCUUUGUCAGAUGAAAAAAGUUUAUAUCUUUGAACUUCAUAAAAUGUCUAUUAUUGUUAU